AUUUUAAAGAGUGUUGCAGUGGAUGUCCUUGAACAUUAUCUUGUGUGAAAGUGUACAUUUUGAGAAGCAAAAUUGCUGGGUCAAAGAAUUUGUGCAUAAACGUUUUUAAAGCAUAGUGCCCAACUGCCUCCCCAAAUGUUCAGUUUACACUGUGAUUAACAGUGAAUGAGAAGCUUUUAUCACCUUUGCCCAUAUUGAUCAUAAUGGCAGGUGAAGAAAUUAAUGAAGACUAUCCAGUAGAAAUUCAUGAGUGUUUAUCAACAUUUGAGAAUUCCAUUGGUGCUGUGGAUGAGAUGCUGAAGACCAUGAUGUCCGUUUCUAGAAAUGAGUUGUUACAGAAGUUGGACCCACUCGAACAAGCCAAAGUGGAUUUAGUUUCUGCUUACACAUUAAAUUCAAUGUUUUGGGUUUAUUUGGCAACUCAGGGAGUCAAUCCUAAGGAACAUCCAGUAAAGCAGGAAUUGGAAAGGAUCAGAGUAUACAUGAACAGAGUCAAGGAAAUAACAGACAAGAAAAAGGCGGGCAAGCUGGACAGAGGCGCAGCUUCAAGAUUUGUAAAAAAUGCCCUUUGGGAACCAAAACCUAAAAAUGCAUCCAAAGUUGCCAAUAAAGGAAAAAGUAAAAAUUAACCUUUUGAUUUUGAUGUACACAUAUUCAAAACAUACAUCAUUUUUAUUGUUUUUCCACAAAAUGGAUGAUGAUUAUGUGGCAUUGUAAGGUUUAAAUGUAUUCCUUGUUGAAUUCAUGUAUAAAAUUUGCAUUUUAAAUUUGUAAUGUUAAAUACCUUUCCCUCUGAAAGAUUAAGUUAUCUUUAUUGAUUCCCCUAUAGCACACUAUGAGGUUUUUAACGUUGUAGUAUAUUUUAUAUUUUAUAGUUUACCAUCUGUCUUGACAAGAUUCAUAUUUCCUUAUAUAGGUCAGUCUCUCAAGUGCCAUUUUAUAAGCAACUAUAGCAUUUAAGUUAAAUGUUCUUUGUAAACAUUUGUCUGUUUUUGACGCAUAAUUUUAUAAAGUAUGCUGAAGUUGUAAAAUGUAUCUGUUUUCACUAUAUAAUGUUAAAGAAAGAAUGAGAUGACUUAAGUGUCCAUUUUUUUCUAUGUAGUUAUUUCAUAUGCUUUCAUGGUUCGGGGAAUUACUGCUUUUUUGAUAUUUCAAGUAUACAAUUAAGACUUUAAGGUUAUUCUUGGGUUUUUGGCACUAUGCCACCAUGUCUCAUUGAAAGUAAAAUAUAUUCUCAUUAACUUUAGAUGGGAAAUGAGGUUGUAUAUUGAUGGCAGAGUUGUGGCUCAAUGGCCAAACCCUAUCAAUAAAGCUGUAAAUGUUGUGUAGCUGACCUGUUUGUUUUUCUCUUUUGAGUGAAUUUGCCCUUGACAUUAGGAAGAUAGGUUUUAGAAAUCCGUAGGAAUAGACAUUCAUGUUUUUGUUCCUCAUGCGUACGGGUGCCUACAGGUCUCUUGGCCUCAAUUUUUCAGAUUUUUUCACUGUGCAUUUCUGAGGCUAUAGCAAGUAGACACAAGCGUUUUGGAACAACUUUCCGUUAAAUCAUGCCGCUUAAGCAGAGGAGUAAUCCAAAGGAGAUUACAUUGUAUUUAUGUUCUGAUUUAUUUUCCUGGAGUAUUUGUUACAGAGAAUUCUAAAUAUUAAAAUUUUUUUUUUUUAUGUCCGAGACCAUGAAUUUUACUUACAUAUCCUUAAUGCUUUCAGUCUCUGAAUCCACAUCAUUAUAUGUAGGAAUGCCAAGUGCAAUAAAGUGCUUUAAUUUUUGAAAACGAAGUUGUUAAAUUUUUCUGUGUGAUUAAUUCUCCAUAAGUAACCUUGAAUAAAUGGGUUUCUUGAUUUAUGGUAGCAGAUAUUGGAAAUGGUCUUAAAAUGUAAUGGAUUUUGUAAAGCAUGUUGAACUCUUUCUGUGACAUGUGAAGAGGAAGUCACGAUAGAUGUGGAAAGUCUUCUGGCUCAAAUAUCAGACAAUUUCUGAAGAGGAAGAACAUUUAUAGUUAGUUAUUCCAUUCCUUUAUUCAAUCUUCAUCUCCUCAAAUUUCUUUUUUUUUUUUUUUAAGAAAGGAACGUCUUCAUGAGAGAAAUAAAUGUUAUUAAGAUCAACGGUAGUGGCCUUGUGUUAUUUGUUGCAGAGAAGAUUAUAACUUCACGUUUCUGUAUGUUUUCUCAUUUCAUUAAGAAAAAAGUGAAAUAUGUCAUGCAGUUGCAGACAGUCAGUAGCCAUAUUACUGGUUUGUGAAAGUUCAACUCUGCAUUCUCUUAAACUGGAGAUUCUUAAGUGAAUAAUUCUUUAAGUGUUUCUUAGAAGAAGUAAAACACAGUUUGUGUGUAUUCCAUUUUAUUAUGUAUAAUUUUAAAUGCUUAUUACUUAGCAAAUAAUGCAUUGAGUUGCUUAUUUUUUGUUUAUUCAUUUCACAACUAUUUAAUGACAUUUAUGUUGCUAAAUGCUGUGCUAGGUUCCAGAUAGGAUGACUCCAGCCUUUAUUCUGUUUUAAUAAAGUAUUAUGAAAAAACUA